AUGAUUAUAAAAAAUACGCAUGGAUAUUUAGGAUGUCCUGAUAAUUUAGUACCUUGUUUAAAUAAAACACAUUGCAUAAAUGUUGACGACGUUUGUAUUGGUCCAAAUAAUUGCGUCGAUGAGCAAGGAAAGAGUAUUUGCCAGUAUUGUCCAAAAGGUGAAACUGACUUAAUAGCCUGUGUAACUCAUAUUGAAACUGAGCUUUCAUUUGAAUGUUUAUCUCCUCAUCAAAUAUGUGAUACUAAAAAAGAUUGCCAUAAUAAUGAAGAUGAACAUUCAUGUGGUAUAAAAAAAUGUCAAUUUGGUUUUUCGUUAUGUGCAAAUGGUAGUUGUAUUGAAACGAGUCAUUUUUGCGAUGGAAAAAUAGAUUGUGCAGAUGGACAUGAUGAACGUCAUUGUUCACAUUUAUCAGCAAUACGCAAUUCUGAUUCAUUAUUAUCAUCAAAGUUAUUUAUUUGUUCAGCGUCAUCAACACUUAUAGAUACGAGACUUAUAUCAUAUGAUUAUUUUUGUGAUGGAUAUAAAGAUUGUCCUCUGGGUGAUGAUGAAAAAGAUUGUACUGAUGAAUGUACUUCAUCAUCUCAAUGUAUUCCGAAUGCUAAUGUGACUUGUAUUCAACAUCGUGCAGUUGGUAAACUUUGUCGAUGUCAAAAACAAGGUUAUCGAUUAACAAAUAAUUCAUUACAAAUUAAUACGCAAAUAUGUCAAGAUUUUAAUGAAUGUAAUGAUUCUCUUCGUACAUAUUGUUCAUUUAAUUGUUUAAAUACAGAUGGCAGUUUUAACUGUACAUGUCCAUUAGGUUUUACUAUUGAUGAAAAGACAAAAACAUGUCGAAAAAUAAAUGAUCAAUCCAAACCAGAUUUAUUAAUUGUAUUUGAUAAUAAUAUUAUUUUCUACAAUAUUUCGAAUGCUACUGAUCGUUAUUCAUCAAAAUUAUUACAUACAAUUGAUAUUGAAAAAAAUCAUCAUUUGGAUUGUAUACAAUAUGAUUCAAAUAAAAAAUUUAUUAUCUAUUAUAAUCAAAAACAAAAUGCUAUUUUAUGUUUUAGUACAUCAAAUACAAUUUUCAAACCUAUAAUUCUUAUUUCUAAUGUCACUGUACAUGGUUUAUCAUACAAUGAAAAUGAAAAAACUUUAUUUAUUAUUGAAAAUCAAUCACAAACAUUACGAAUGUAUACACCGAUUACUUGUGAUAUUUCAAUUAGUAUCAAAAUGCAUUCAUGGCAAUUGAAUAACAUUGCAAAUUCGAUACAAUCAAUCGAAAUUGAUGCUUUCAAUAGACAAAUUAUUUUUGCUUCUCAUUAUGAAUUUUUGAUAUCAAAUAUGUCCAAACCAAAUUCAACGAAAGUUUUAUAUACAACCGACCGUGAAAUAAAAAGAUUUAUUUAUGAUGCUUCAUUCAAACGCAUCUUUUGGACAGUAGCCGGUAUCAAUAAUAAUAAUGAAUUUCCUGUUUAUACCUGUGAUGGUGAAUUUAAACGAUGUCAUGAUACAUCAAUACGUUUACCGUUCGCAUGGCCAUUUACAUUUCUUAAUGAUGGUUUACUCUAUUCAUCUUCAUCAUUAAAAUCUUUAGAUAUGAUUCAACUUUAUGGAAAUGAUCGUUUUUCUAACUAUUUUAUAACAUCAACACGAGAAAAUAUUCGUUCAUUUUUACUUAUUGAUUAUCAAUCAAUUGCAUUAGUAAAUCUCUGUAUGAAUUAUUCAACAAUACGUUGUAAAAAUAAAGUUUGUUUACAAAUAAAUUCAACAGAAAUAAAUUGUUUAUCAAUUGAUGAAAAUAUUAUAACAAAAGAAUUAAUAAUAUCAACAACAAAUACAAAGAAUUCAACUCUACAAAAUGAAACAGAAUCAUUAAUAUAUGAUAAUCUGAUUUCUGAAGGAGCAAAUCGACGAAAACAUUAUCGAUAUAGACCAUCGAAUACUAUGCUUUUUUGUAUUAUUAUUUUUGGUGUUUUAGCAGGCAUAUUGGCACUUUUUGCUAAAUAUUGUCAAGUCUACCUUAAUAAAAAAGCAUUAUCUAACGUACAAAAUAAUAAUGAACAGUAUUUAUCAACAGAACAGCCAAAUUUAGAUGAAUUUACUGUAACAUUCAGUGAACAAAUGUCUGAACAAUCUGCUGCUGAUAAUGUAUGUAAUAUUCUUAUUGAUAACGAUACUGUUCGUUUCGUUCAACGUCGAAGAGAUUCUGUUUGA